AUGUCUACUACUUCUCCUAUUGCCACUCCUGCUGAGGCUGCUACUUCUACUCCUCCUGUCCAACAGCUCUCAGUUGAACAGCAACAACAAAUUGCUCAAGCUCAAGCUUCUCCUCUUCCUGCUGGCACCACCCCUCCCUCUGCCUCUCUCUAUGUAGGUGAACUCGAUCCUUCAGUCACUGAAGCCAUGUUGUUUGAAAUGUUCAACAUGAUCGGUCCUGUUGCUUCCAUUCGUGUCUGUCGUGAUGCUGUCACUCGUCGUAGCUUGGGUUAUGCCUACGUUAACUUCCAUAACAUUGCUGAUGGUGAACGUGCAUUGGAAAGCUUGAACUACACCUUGAUCAAGGGAAAGCCUUGCCGUAUUAUGUGGUCUCAACGUGACCCUUCUCUCCGUAAGACUGGCUCCGGUAAUGUCUUUAUCAAGAACCUUGAUCCUACCAUCGAUAACAAGGCUCUUCAUGACACUUUCUCGGCCUUUGGUAACAUUUUGUCUUGCAAGAUUGCUUUGGAUGAAAAUGGUAACUCAAAGGGUUAUGGUUUUGUUCACUAUGAAACCGAAGAAGCUGCUGAUAACGCUAUCAAGCAUGUUAACGGUAUGCUCUUGAAUGAUAAGAAAGUUUAUGUUGGUCGUCACAUUCCCAAGAAGGAACGUCAAGCCAAGAUUGAACAAAUCAGAGCCAACUUCACCAACAUCUACGUCAAGAAUUUGGAUGAAAGCGUCACUGAUGAGGAAUUGAGAGAUAUGUUUGGCAAAUACGGUGCCAUCACCUCUGCCCUUAUUCAAGUAGAUGAAGAAGGUAAAUCCAAGGGAUUCGGUUUCGUCAACUUUGAAAAGCACGAAGACGCCCAAAAGGCUGUUGAUGCAUUGAAUGAAACCGAGCACAAUGGAAAGACUCUCUACGUUGCCCGUGCUCAAAAGAAGAACGAACGUGAGGAAGAACUCCGUAGACAAUAUGAACAAGCCAAGCUUGAAAAACUUGCCAAGUAUCAAGGUGUCAACUUGUACAUCAAGAACUUGGAUGAUGAUAUUGAUGACGAAAGACUUCGCCAAGAAUUCUCUGUCUAUGGUGUCAUCACCUCUGCCAAGGUCAUGUGCGACGAAAAGGGUACUUCCAAGGGCUUUGGUUUCGUUUGCUUCUCUUCUCCUGAUGAAGCCACCAAGGCUGUUACCGAGAUGAACGGUCGCAUGAUUGGCUCCAAGCCUAUCUAUGUUGCUCUUGCUCAACGUAAGGAAGUUCGUCGUUCUCAAUUGGAAGCUCAGAUGGCCCAACGCAGUCAAAUGCGUAUGCAACAAGGCAUUCCCAUGCCUGGUGCUCCUGGCUACAUGCCUAGCGCCCCCAUGUUCUAUGCUCCUCCUGGUGGAUUCAUGCCUCAAGGCCAGCGUCCUGUCUUCCCUCCUAACGGCAUGAUGCCUCGUCCUCGCUGGGCUCCUCAACAAGGACAACCCAUUCCUGGUUUCCCUCCCCAAGGCUUUGCUCCCAACAGUAACAACAACAUGCGUCCUCCCCGUCAACCUCGUGCUCCUCGUGGUGGUGCUGCUGGUCAGCGCAAGUACGCUAACCAAUCUCGUCAAGCUCCUGCUGCUGAGGCUGCCGAUACUUCCGCUGCUGCUCCAUUGACCGCUGCCGCCUUGGCUGCUGCUCCCCCUGAAGCCCAAAAGCAAAUGCUUGGUGAACGUCUCUAUCCCCUUAUUAACGCCCAACAACCCGAAUUUGCCGGUAAAAUUACUGGUAUGCUUUUAGAAAUGGAUAACGGUGAAUUGUUGAACCUUCUCGAAGACCACAAGGCUUUAGACAGCAAGAUCAAUGAAGCCAUGGAAGUCCUCAAGGCUCAUUUAUCUGAAUUGCCCAAGGAAGAAGGCAAGGAAGAAGCUACUGCCUAA